AUGUUUAAUCAACAAAAUUAUGGAAUAUCUGAAGAAAGUCACAUGAGUCAAACUGGAAAACUUGAGGUUGUUAGUAAACAAACGACUAAAGUAAUUGCUGUAUGUGCAAAAUUAGAAUGGAAAAUAGAUCAGUUUGAAAAAUUAAUGAAACUUUUCAAAAAUGGUCAAAGUCUUGUUAGUAAACAAUUUUCUUGUCCUCAAGCACCUAAUAUUAUAUGGGAACUUCAUAUAUAUCCUAAUGGUAAACGUGAAGAAGAUAUUGGAAAUGUCUCAUUUUUUUUAAGGCAAACAGGUUUAAGAAAUGAUGAUCCAUUAAUGACUGAAUUUCAAAUAUAUGCAUUAGCAGGAGGAAAUUCAAGAGUUAGUGUAUGUAGAGAUACAAAAGAUUUUGUCAGUCAACAGGGACGUGGUAAAUUUCAAGUAUCGCGUGAAAAAAUGAUGCCAUCAAUAAAAAUUGAUGGAUCAUUGGAUCUUGUUUGUGAAGUAGAAUAUCUUCCUCCUGAUUCAAAAAUUAUUGUAGAAGAAAGUACAAAUAAACGAUUUGACAAACUUGAAUUUGUAAAUAGUUCUAUGUACAAUGUAUUUGAUAACGUAAGAAGAAUGUAUGAAUCAGAAUUAUUUACAGACUGUGUAAUAAUUAUUGAAAAUAAAGAAUUUAAAGCACAUAGAUGUAUACUUGGACAACAUAGUGAAGUUUUUCGUUCUAUGUUAAAUCAGGGUGAUAUGACAGAAGGAAAAGAAGGAGUUAUAUAUAUAAAUGAUGCUAAUUGUGAAAGUUUUAGAGCAUUAUUGAAUUUUAUAUAUACAGGAUGUACAACUGGAAUUGAAGAAUUUGCAGAUGAUGUAUUAGUUGUAGCGGAUAAAUAUGCUGUGUUGCCAUUAAAAGAACACUGUGAACAAUUACUAGCUAAAAAUAUUAACGUUCGAAAUGUCACAAAACUUAUAAUUUUUGCUGAUACACACUCAGCUUUAACAUUGAAACAACAUUGUAUAACUUUUAUUGCACAUCGAUAUAAAGAAAUAUUGGAAUCAUGUGAUUGGAAAGAAUUAAAAAAAUGUAAUAAAAGUUUUGAAAGAUAUCCUCUAUUAAAAAGUGGUUAUGAUGAUGAUAGUCUUGGAAGUAUUCCAUAUUAUGGGCAGGUUACAUUUGUUCGUCAAACACCAUUUGGUUCUCCACAUUCUGCUUUUGAUGAUGAUGUUCAAUCAUCUUCAUUUGAAAGGGGACGUUCAUAUCCUAUUGAUAGAAUUAUUUUUGAUGAUGACGAUAUUGAUAGAAGGGAACCUUCUGGAAACCCACUACCAAAACGACGACGCUUUUAA